CCCGAUGAGACGGUUGGCGUGACAAAAGACACGGACCUCAUGGGGUUGGAUUACCACGUGGGUGAAGAAAGCCGACGUCGGUCCGCUGUCGACGUCGCGCGCGCUGACCGGACGAUCGGUGAAACACCAGGGUCGGCCAGGCCCCAGGUUAACCAAGGUCAGGUAGGUCACAUCGUUUGGAAUCUCCAAGCUUCAGAUAUGAAACACGUGACCUCAGCAUAUUCGGAGGGUUCUAGCAUUGGAUUGAUUCACCACAAAGUAUGCACGGACCUGUCUUCUUCGCAAUCAGAUCACAUGAGAGAGGCCAAGAAUGAUCCGAGCGUAAACUGCCGUGCUAAUACUGAUGUGUUUAUUCAGAAUAAGGAGGCUAUGCCCAAUCUUACGAUCAACUCUGUGAUCAAAUAUUCCUCCAGCAGCGGGCUAGCGGCGCCCCAAUUCAUGCGCUCCCAUCAUGCAUCACCCGCGGAGCAAACAAACCCCAUGGGUAAUUAUCCCGGUUCGAGGGGUCACGCCUCAAACAUCCC